CUUAUAAGAGCCGACGCCGCGCGGCGCUGCUGUAGUGGCCUUGUCCUCGGUGUUGCUCUCGCUGUGUGAACGCCGCCCGUCCGCCUCGGGCCUGCGGUCUUGAGACCGAGCACCGCACUGAGAAACAUGGAGGAGCAGACAGGUUUGUGAGUUGAAAAGCGAAAUCGGAUUGCCUCCAACCGUGGAAUGAAUGAGCUGCAUAUUUCAGUGGAUGAUGAUGCCUUCGAUAAAGUUGCAGAGUUCUGAUGGAGAGAUAUUUGAAGUUGAUGUAGAAAUUGCCAAACAAUCUGUGACCAUCAAGACCAUGCUGGAAGAUUUGGGAAUGGAUGAUGAGGGAGAUGAUGAUCCUGUUCCUUUACCAAAUGUUAAUGCAGCAAUUCUAAAAAAGGUCAUUCAGUGGUGCACCCACCACAAGGAUGACCCUCCUCCUCCUGAGGAUGAUGAGAACAAAGAAAAACGAACAGAUGAUAUUCCUGUUUGGGACCAAGAAUUCCUGAAAGUUGACCAAGGAACACUUUUUGAACUUAUUCUGGCUGCAAACUACUUAGACAUCAAAGGUUUGCUUGAUGUUACAUGCAAGACCGUGGCCAAUAUGAUUAAGGGGAAAACUCCUGAGGAAAUUCGUAAAACCUUCAAUAUCAAAAAUGACUUUACUGAAGAGGAGGAGGCCCAGGUACGCAAAGAGAACCAGUGGUGUGAAGAGAAGUGAAAUGCUGUGCCUGACAUUGUAACACUAGAAGGUUGUUCCAAAUGCUAGUUGCACUGCUCUGUUUAUAGUUGUUAAUAUUAGAGAACAGUAGACGAAUGCAGCCUUGUCCUUACUGCAUGUGUAGUUCCCGUACAGAUCAGACCUGUGGCUGAGUUUCUUCUAUGAGCAGAAGUUACUUCCUACCCCCCCCCCCCCAUUACUCUGAAUAAAACUGAACUAUGGGUUUUCUGUGGAAAGUGGCAUUUUGGGUUUUCCCUCAUUCUGUAAAGCGAUUUCUGUUCACUGUCCAGUUAACUUCAGUAAGCCUUUCAAAGUUGGCAUUGUAAAUAAAACAACUUGAGAAUUAUUCUGAAAUAGAAUUAACAAAACAUGAUCUUUAUUCAUGAGUCAUAAUCUGGAACAGGCAACCUGAAGUUAAUGUUGGGAGUGGGGUUAGGAUGUCUUCCUACCUCUUUGCUGCUGGUAAGCUUGUGUGCAACCGGGCCCUACUAAUUGGAUCUGAGGUCUUUUGUCCUUUUUUUUUUAAUUUUAAAUCUUCAGCUUUGAAUAUGUUGCGUAGAGAUUCAGUUUACUACCCGGUUUGGGGGUGGGGGAAUGUAACUAGACAAUUUGUUAGCUUUUCAAUUAAAAAAGACAGUUACUUUA